AUGCAAGACAACUUGGUUGAUGGUUAUAUACGACAUGAAUUUCGAUCUGUUCUUAAUAUUCUUAUACAUUUUUCAUUUUCACUUACACAAUUAGUAAGUGUACUUGCUAUAAUAGGUUUACAAAUAGCAUUAACACUUACACAAACAUGUCCAUAUCGUUUUGGUAUUGGUUUUUGGUCAUUUCCUUUUCUACUUAUUUCUCCACUUAGUAUUUGGUUAGUUAUUUGGAGACGUAAUUCAAUCGUUUGUUUUAUUGCUAUUCUUAUUCAUUUUUGUUCAACACUUUUUGCAACAGCUAUUAUUAUUAUUAGUUUUCUUGUAUUAAUUGGUCAAAUCAAUUUUUUAUGUUCUAUAUCAUCGUUAAAUUCAUUUUAUAUUAUGUUAAAUAGUUCAUUAAUUGGUAUAACGAUUUUCUUUAAAAUAUUUAAUUAUGGUGAAAUUAUUUUACUUUAUUUACUUAUACGAAAUAAUGAUGAAACAUCAGCAAUAUUUAAUGAAGAUUAUUUUGAAAAUGAUGAUCCCUUAGUAUCAAAUGUUAUCAAUGUUAAUAUAUGGCGUUCAUGGGCAGCAGUUAUUGAUGAAACACAAAAAAGUCCAGAUAUCUUUUUUGCUUAA